UUUGAAUUUUUUCAAAUGAUAUGGAAGCUAAUUUAUAAAUUAAUAAUUGUUACCAAAUUGGCCAUGAGGCAUUAGGCGAGGUGCAAGAAUAGAUUCUAUCAAUGAUCAGUGCUUGGAUAGACGGGAAUUAAAACAUAUAUGCCGAACUUCAUAAGUUGAGCACACAAUCGCAGAUAACAUUAUCCAUUGCAAUUGCACUGUGAGUUGUCACGUUUGCCCUGAUGUUUGCUCAGCUGCCUGCUGCCUGCUGCCCGUUGUAGACCUUGUCCCACCUGUGCCUCAUCGUCAUCGUCAUCGUCAUCGUCGUUGCCGACAACCUGCCACCAUAUCGAUCACCAUGCUAUAAAUAAUUUAGAUUCCUUGGCGCGAUCGCAAGGCAAAACCUCGACGUUCUUGACUGGAAGCCACCCGUGUAGUUGCUGUCGGUUGUGCCACCACAAUAAUGGGAACGGCCGCGACAAUCACCGUCGUAAUUGGUUGCAACUUGUUGCUGAUCAUUGCGUUGAUCAUUGGGCACAUUGGUCAAUGCCAGGGAGCACCCGUGGAGGUGGACUCCGACGGAGUCCGAUCGUACCAUGACGACAUCCGAAUCGUUCGUCUGAUUCACUAUCUGAGCUAUCUGAUUGAUCAUCUGGUGCGGACUUACAUAACCGAUUGGGCGUUGACCAGUCCGAAGGAAGCGUCGGACUACUUCGAGGCGGCUCUGGUGGCCGGGAAACAGGACGAACCCAAAGUGGACGGAGGAAAAGCGUCGCCGUACCAGCCGGACCCAGCGAAGGCAGAACGCAGUGUGCAGGUGGUGGAGUCGGUUAGCAAGUCGAAGAAGUGAAGAAUGUUUUUUGGGGUACGGGAUGCUAAUUGAUUGAAGCACACCUUUCUUGGUGGAAGACCUUGAAAUUAAAAUUAUUUGAAAGCUGCUCAAGUAACGGCCAUAGAUUAUGUUUGUUGAAGAUGCGGAAGCUUAUUAUUAUUUUUUUGCACACCUACUUUCCGAAUUUUCGGAAGAAUCGAUCGAUCGAAUUUCAGGAGAAUUUUCUAGGUGGAAUUCCGAC